CGCGUCCUGUGGAUAGCUGACUCAUACACACACAUACACACGUAAAAAAAAACAACUGCUCUCGAUUUCUACGUAAAAAAUGUCAGCUGUAAAUUUGAACGUGAAUUAGCCAGAAGGCGCAUUCAACUGAAGUUGCCACAAAAAUUCCUAGUGUUCUGUGACACAAUAUUAUGCUACGCUUUGGCAACACAGCCAAAAGGAUGAAUAUAAAAUCAAGCCAAGGCCGCAAUGCAGCCAAACAUAAAUUGUAAUUAAACAAGCUUUCAACUGAGAAGAAAAAGUUUGCUGGCACAGUUGCCAAGAAGCAAAAGCAAAUAUAAGAAGCAGCCGCAAACUGAGUUAAUUUAUUACGCGUUCAAAAACAAAAAGAACACAAAAUGCCAGCCGGUCGUGUGGCCGGUAAAGCCGGCUACUCCAAUCAUUAUUAUAAUGGUCGCUCGUAUGUGGGCAUCAAUGAGGAAAUAAUGUGGGUUAGCAUUGGCAUGGGCGUGACAAUAGCGCUGCUUAUAACGAUUGCACUGUGCUACAUAGCACGGGAGAAGUGCCAAAAACGUCAGCGGGAAUAUUACGUGACGGCAUAGUUAAUGUAUGCAGCCUGCCACAGACACGGGGGAGAGGGAGGCAGCGAUAUGCCGAAGGCAGCGCAAUGCAUCCUCCACAUGAAUAUGGAUGUGGAUGUGAAUGUGAAUGUUAAUGCGGAUGCGGAUGUUGAUGAAGUCAAAGAGCAGGCCUUGUCAAUCACAACAGCCAGCCAAGCAGCACAACAGAAGGCAAGCCCAAAGCCAGAAAAAGAACCAUACCCAAUGCCAGGACCCGAUCCCGCUGCCGGUAUUGAUCCCGAUCCCGCUCCACAGCCAGAUGUUACCACCAUGAGCUGGAAUGCUCUUGACAUUUGCGGUGCUCGCAGUUGGGGUUAACCAAAAGAAAACAAAACACAACCCACCAUGUAAAGCACACACAUACGCAAUGCACACAAUAUAUAAAACUUUUUUUUUUUGAGUGUAAUGAAUAAAUUGUUGUAAUCAUAAAAAACAGCCACGCAGCGGCAUGUGAAAAAUGUUAAUACAAUUACCAAGACAUAUAAAUAAAUAGCAAAAACAA